AUGCCCCCCCGAAAGUUCAGCGAGACUCACAUCAAAGUUGGCACGCUCAACCAGGACCAUCCUCUUUCCGAUGCGCAGCUCAAGGACGGUACUAGAGUACAGAAACAGGAGCGUAGUAGAGGCGCGCCAGUCUUCUUCGGCCUGGCACUCAACUAUGAGACUGGCUCUAUAUUGUGGACUUAG